GCGGGGCGGGCGAGCGGCGGAAGCGGCCUGGGCGGCGGGGGCCGGCCCCAGGCCGGGCGGGGCCGCGCUGACCGCCGUCUCCCUGCGUCCCGCAGGCGGGGAGCCCGCGCCGCCGCGCCCCUGCCGCGGGCGAUGAUCACCUAGGAGGCUGGCGCGGGCGGGCGCGAGCCGCGCAGGAGAGGGGCGCGGCGACACGCGGCCAUGGAGCGGGAGCCGGCGGCGGCCGAGGAGCCCGCGCCCCCGGGCAGGCGGCGGCGGCGGCGGCGGCGGCGCCGGGAGGGCAGGACGCGCACGGUGCGCUCCAACCUGCUGCGGCCCCCGGGCGCCGAGGACCCCGCGGCGGGCGCGGCCAAGGGCGCGCGGCACCUGGCCGACAACCGGCUCAAGACCACCAAAUACACGCUGCUGUCCUUCCUGCCCAAGAACCUGUUCGAGCAGUUCCACCGCCUGGCCAACGUGUACUUCGUCUUCAUUGCGCUGCUCAACUUUGUGCCGGCGGUGAACGCCUUCCAGCCCGGCCUGGCGCUGGCGCCCGUGCUCUUCAUCCUGGCGGUCACGGCCUUCAAGGACCUGUGGGAGGACUACAGCCGCCACCGCUCCGACCACGAGAUCAACCACUUGGGCUGCCUCGUCUUCAGUGGGGAAGAAAAGCAGUACGUGAGCCGAUUCUGGAAGGACCUCCGCGUGGGCGACUUCGUGCGCCUCCGCUGCAACGAGAUCAUCCCCGCGGAUAUUCUGCUGCUGUCCUCCAGCGACCCUGACGGGCUCUGCCACAUCGAGACCGCCAACCUGGACGGGGAGACCAACCUGAAGCGGCGGCAGGUGGUCCGGGGCUUCUCGGAGCUCGUCUCCGAAUUUGACCCUUUGACCUUCACCAGCGUCAUCGAGUGUGAGAAGCCGAACAACGACCUGAGCAGGUUCCGUGGGUGCAUUGUGCACGACAAUGGGAAGAAGGCUGGGCUGCACAAGGAGAACCUGCUGCUUCGAGGCUGCACCAUCAGGAACACGGAGGCCGUCGUUGGCAUCGUCAUCUACGCAGGACACGAAACCAAGGCGCUCCUGAACAACAGCGGGCCUCGCUACAAGCGCAGCCAGCUGGAGAGGCAGAUGAACUGCGACGUCCUCUGGUGCGUCCUCCUCCUCAUUUGCAUGUCUCUGACGUCGGCGGUGGGACAUGGACUGUGGGUCCAGCGGUAUCAAGAGAAGAAAGCCUUGUUUGAUGUCCCGGAGUCUGACGGCAGCUCUCUGUCCCCCGUCACAGCUGCAGUGUACUCGUUCCUCACCAUGGUCAUAGUUCUGCAGGUCCUGAUCCCCAUUUCGCUCUAUGUCUCCAUCGAGAUCGUUAAAGUGUGCCAGGUGUACUUCAUCAACCAGGACAUGGAGCUGUACGACGAGGAGACCGACUCCCAGCUGCAGUGCCGGGCUCUGAACAUCACGGAGGACUUGGGGCAGAUCCAGUAUAUCUUCUCGGACAAAACUGGCACUUUGACUGAGAAUAAGAUGGUUUUCCGAAGGUGCACUGUGUCUGGCGUAGAAUAUUCACAUGAUGCGAAUGCGCAGCGUCUGGCAAGGUACCAGGAAGCUGACUCGGACUCGGAGGAGGCGGCGCCCAAAGGGGGCUCGCUGUCCCAGCGCGGCAGCAUCGGGAGCCACCAGAGUAUCCGAGGGCUACCCAGGACGCAGAGCACCAAGUCGCACCGGCGCACCGGCAGCCGGGCCGAGGCCAAGUGGGCCAGCAUGCUGUCCAAGCACACGGCCUUCAGCAGUCCCAUGGAGAAAGACAUCACGCCCGACCCGAAGCUGUUUGAGAAGGUGAGCGAAUGUGACAAGUGCCUGGCUGUCUCGAGGCACCAGGAGCAGCCACUGGCCCGCCUGUCGCCCGAGCUGUCUGACGUGUUCGACUUCUUCAUCGCGCUCACCGUCUGCAACACAGUGGUGGUCACGUCCCCAGAUCAGCCACGCCAAAAGGUGCGGGUGAGGUUCGAGCUGAAGUCCCCGGUGAAGACCAUAGAAGACUUCCUGCGGAGGUUCUCACCCAGCCGCCUGGCCUCCAGCUGCAGCAGCACCGGGAACCUGAGCAACAGCAAGUCCAACCAUCGAUCGGGGUCCGGCUUCCUGUCGACCUUGUCGGCGGAGAGCGCCUUGCUCAGGCUGGAGGAGAGGCCGGGCCAGCUGGCCCAGGCCGCGGGCAGCAGGGACUACGGCAGCGGUGGCGGCAGUGAGGCGGACGGCUGGGCCCCUGGGUGCACCCCAGCGCAGGAGCCCGAGGCUGAGCUGCGCUACGAGGCGGAGAGCCCGGACGAGGCCGCGCUCGUGUACGCCGCCCGCGCCUACAACUGCGCGCUGGUGAACCGGCUGCACGACCAGGUGGCGGUGGAGCUGCCCCACCUGGGCAGGCUGACCUUUGAGCUCCUGCACACGCUGGGCUUCGACUCCAUCCGCAAGAGGAUGUCAGUGGUGAUCCGGCACCCGCUCACCGACGAGAUCAACGUCUACACCAAGGGCGCCGACUCGGUGGUCAUGGACCUGCUGGUGCCCUGCUCCUCAGAUGACGCCAGAGGAAGGCAUCAAAAGAGAAUCCGCAGCCAGACCCAGAAUUACCUGAACCUCUACGCAGUGGAAGGCCUGCGGACGCUGUGCAUCGCCAAGAGGGUCCUGAGUCAGGAAGAGUACGCCUGCUGGCUGAAGGGCCACUUGGAGGCAGAAUCCUCUGUGGAGAACCGCGAGGAGCUCCUCUUCCAGUCAGCCAUUCGCCUGGAGACGGACCUGCACCUCUUGGGUGCCACUGGGAUCGAAGACCGCCUGCAGGACGGUGUUCCCGAGACCAUAGCGAAACUGCGGCAGGCCGGCCUGCAGAUUUGGGUUCUCACCGGCGACAAACAGGAAACCGCUGUCAACAUCGCCUACGCCUGUAAGCUGCUGGACCACGAUGAGGAAGUCAUCACCCUGAACGCCGAGUCCCAGGAGGCCUGCGCAGCCCUGCUGGACCAGUGCCUACACUACGUGCAGGCCAGGGGCCCCUGCUACACCCCGAACAAGACCACAGGCAGCCUGAGCGUGGGCCUCUUCUCCCCGGUCUGCCCGCCCGCUGAGCCCACCGCCCCGGGCCCCUGCCCGAGCCUCGUGAUCGACGGGAGGAGCCUGGCCUACGCCCUGGACAAAAACCUGGAGGACAAGUUUCUCUUCCUCGCGAAGCAGUGCCGGUCAGUCCUUUGCUGUCGCUCGACGCCCCUGCAGAAGAGCAUGGUGGUGAAGCUGGUCAGAAGCAAGCUCAAGGCCAUGACCUUGGCCAUAGGAGACGGAGCCAAUGAUGUCAGCAUGAUCCAGGUGGCCGACGUAGGCGUGGGGAUCUCAGGCCAGGAGGGCAUGCAGGCAGUGAUGGCCAGCGACUUCGCGGUGCCCAGGUUCCGCUACCUCGAGAGACUCUUAAUUGUUCACGGGCACUGGUGCUACUCCCGGCUGGCCGGCAUGGUGCUGUACUUCUUCUACAAAAACACGAUGUUCGUGUGCCUCCUGUUUUGGUUCCAGUUCUACUGUGGCUUCUCCGCGUCCGCCAUGAUCGACCAGUGGUAUCUGAUCUUCUUCAACCUGCUCUUCUCGUCGCUCCCCCAGCUGGUGACUGGGGUGCUGGACAAGGACGUGCCGGCGCAGGUGCUGCUGGCGGAGCCGCAGCUCUACAGGGGCGGCCAGAACCGGGAGGAGUACGGGCCCCGCACCUUCUGGUUAAACAUGGCCGACGCCGCCUUCCAGAGCCUGGUUUGCUUCUUCAUCCCUUACCUGGCCUACUACGACUCAGACGCGGACAUGUUCACCUGGGGCACGCCCAUCACCGCCAUCGCGCUCUUCACCUUCCUGCUGCACUUGGGCAUUGAGACCAAGACCUGGACCUGGCUCAACUGGACGGCUUGUGGCUUCAGUGCCCUCUUGUUCUUCUCCGUGGCUUUGGUCUACAACGCCUCCUGUGCAACGUGCUACCCUCCGUCCAACCCGUACUGGACAAUGCAGACGCUUCUGGGCGACCCUGUGUUCUACUUGAUUUGUCUUAUAGCGCCGGUCACUGCACUGCUGCCCAGGUUGUUUUUCAAAGCCCUGCAGGGGAGCCUGUUCCCCACCAAGCUCCAGCUGGCUCGCCAGUUGGCCAAGAGGUGCCCCAACAAACUCCGUUCUCCCCAAGAGACUCAGGGACCCCUCCGGGGAGAAGCGAGGCCUGAACCCUCAGAGCAGAGUUGCAUCAGCGUCUCGGGGCCCGUCUCCCAGAACUGCACCCCACAGGAGUCUUGGCACUCGGCCUGGCCCCCCGGCUCCCCAGAGGCCAGCGAGGGGGCCAGCGUGGCGCACGUGAGCAUCCCUCUGAGGGGCGCGUUGGACAGUCGGGACUCGGGGUCCUCCGGGCCCCAGGAGGCUGCCCUGGGGACGUGUCCUGGGGACCCCAGAACGAAAACCCCCAGCACGAGCAGGGCAGCCUCCCUCUCGUCCAUCUUCGGCCUCUCCAGCUUCAGCUCGCUCAGCUGGAUUUCCUCCCUGUCCUUGGUCAGCGGCCUGGGGAGUGUCUUCCAGUUCCCCCGGGGCGGCUUACAGGCGGACAAGCGGGAGGCCGAGUUCCUGCCCAGGCCCCCGCGGCCGCUGCGGGACCAGGACCUGUGUGGCCCGGGCAGGCCGGCCACCGACAACUUCUAGGGGCCUCGUCCAGGGCGGCGGAGACCGUAAAGUAGCCUUUUUGUUUUUAUAACAUAGAUACUAAUUUUAUUUAUGUUUCUUAUUUGCACAGAGGAGUUCUAGUGAGGUGUAUUUUAUAUGUUUCCAGGGCUUGUGCUGGAAAUAAGAGGUACCAAAAGAAAAAACCCCAAAGUUUAUUUUUUAAAAGUUCUAAGUAGAGUAUAUUGCAAAGGAAAAGUCAGAGCUUUAUUGUAUAUAAAAGUUGAAAGAGUGACCUUUGAAAAGUGUGUUUAGAUUUGUUAUUUUUUUUCCGUCUCAUUUUGUGAGAAAAUGCGGUGUGACGGGUUUGGUCCCUCGGGUGAGCGUGGCAGG